GUCGUCCUUGUAAGGCGAGUUUAUUUGUUGUUGUUGUUUUUUUUUUGUUUAUUUAAAGCGGUUGUUGUCACGCCCUGCUUUGCUUCCGCCCGGGCUGUACAAUCAAGGCGCAGCUGCGGGAAGUUACGCAAUGUGUGUGUGUGACACUUUAAGUAGCUAGCUAGCUGGCUGUCGGCCCAAGUGAGAGUCUUGUGAGCUGCCUUAAAGAGUGUGUGUCGUCCUUACAGACUGUGUCGUCCUGCACCACCUUUGUGCUUCAAAUGGCGUCGGUGCUGACGGCGUUUAGAAGAAUAGCCCACGUGGGGUUACGGGACUACGUACACCGCGGGGCUCCGAGGACACCCGCGACAGGUCACCGGAGUUUCGUCACCGGAACGCAGCCGUUAAGGUCAGACAACAAGGUGACCAUCCACUUCGUAAAUCGCGACGGCGAGAAGAUCACAGUUGCAGCUUCUCCCGGGGACUCUCUGCUCGACGUCGUCAUCAACGAGGACCUCGACUUUGACGGCUAUGGAGCGUGCGAGGGAACGCUGGCGUGUUCCACCUGCCAUCUGAUCUUUGACGAGGACGUCUACAAGAAGCUGGGCCCUGUCACAGAUGAAGAGAUGGACAUGUUGGACUUGGCGUACGGCCUUACUGACACAUCCCGCCUGGGUUGCCAGGUGUGCGUGAGCCGGUCCCUGGAGGGCAUGGUGGCCCGCGUCCCGGAGAGCGUCGCCGACAUCCGACAAAGUAAAGACGGCUCGUCUUAGCGCGGCGCCGACCCAAAGGACUGACGCCGGCGCGCGGAGAUGGCUUUGGCAAAGCGCCCUCUACGCACACGGUGCUGAGGGGCCGACCGAACAAGCAGCCCUGUGCCGUGAUCCCCGUGGACGUCUCCAGCUGAGGGGAGGAUCCUCGCAGGAAGGCCCAAGUGAUUAAGGAUCGCCUCCUUUUCAGUGGCUUCUGGGAGAAAUCUGCUUCAAAUAUUUAAUCACGAUUAAACACUCUUUGACAAUAAAUAACUCAUUAUUUGGCAUUAAUCAAAAA